UCGAAAGCUAAGCCAUACAUCUCUUCUCGAUCGAUCAGCUUCUUAUUAAUUACCUAGCUAGCUAGCUCAUCGAUCACACACCAAGCCAUCGAUAAUGGAGGGCAAGGAGGAGGAUGUUCGGCUGGGCGCCAACCGGUACUCUGAGCGUCAGCCCAUCGGCACGGCGGCGCAGGGCACCGACGAGAAGGACUACAAGGAGCCUCCCCCGGCGCCGCUGUUCGAGGCGGAGGAGCUGACGUCGUGGUCCUUCUACCGCGCCGGCAUCGCCGAGUUCGUGGCCACCUUCCUGUUCCUGUACAUCAGCAUCCUGACGGUGAUGGGCGUGAGCAAGUCGUCCAGCAAGUGCGCCACCGUGGGCAUCCAGGGCAUCGCCUGGUCCUUCGGCGGCAUGAUCUUCGCGCUCGUGUACUGCACGGCGGGCAUCUCCGGCGGCCACAUCAACCCGGCGGUCACCUUCGGGCUGUUUCUGGCGCGCAAGCUGUCGCUCACGCGCGCGCUCUUCUACAUGGUGAUGCAGUGCCUGGGCGCCAUCUGCGGCGCCGGCGUGGUGAAGGGGUUCCAGCAGGGCCUGUACAUGGGCGCGGGCGGCGGCGCCAACGCCGUGAACCCGGGGUACACCAAGGGCGACGGCCUGGGCGCCGAGAUCGUGGGCACCUUCGUCCUCGUGUACACCGUCUUCUCUGCCACCGACGCCAAGCGCAGCGCACGCGACUCGCAUGUGCCCAUCCUGGCGCCGCUCCCCAUCGGGUUCGCCGUGUUCCUGGUGCACCUGGCCACCAUCCCCAUCACCGGCACCGGCAUCAACCCCGCGCGCAGCCUCGGCGCCGCCAUCGUCUACAACAGGUCACACGCAUGGAACGACCACUGGAUCUUCUGGGUGGGCCCCUUCAUCGGCGCUGCUCUUGCGGCCAUCUACCACGUGGUGAUCAUCAGGGCCAUCCCCUUCAAGAGCCGCGACUAAUAAUUAAGCAGACCACCAACAAGCUAGGAAGAGGAAGCUUGCUUGCUUGCUUACAGCUAGCUUCCAAUCGAAGAAUCGAUCGACCAUGUCCUCGAUCAAUAAGAAGCUCUCCUAUGUAUGCACGUGUUUUAUUUGUAAUUUAUGAUGUCCAUGUGGGUGUGUGAUGCUGCAUGCUGAGGCCAGUCUGUUUCUCGAUUAUUGCGCCCUCAGCUAAAAUCAAUCAAUCAACCAAUAUAUAUGCACUUGCUAGUUGUGAAUUUUA